CGAAGCGCCGGUCACCACGAUGCGGCGGCGGCGUCGCCUGCAAUGGGGGCACCGUUGAGUAGUGAAUUCGUAUGGAGAUUACGUUCGUAACCCUGAGGACUUCGCAGACCAGGCGGAGGAUGGGAUCGGUGGCGGCGACGUGCGUCUCCGCUCCGCCGCUCCACGUGCCUCUGUUCCUUUCUGCGCUGAUCCAGAAGAGUAAAAAACUAAUGUCUCCGUGUUUUGGUGCGGAUUUGUUUAUCGGAAUGCGCCUUGGAUGCUAUCUACUACCCCAACUUUCUACAGUUGGCCACAUCUCUCUGAUCUCACUUCGCGGAUCACAAAGCCGUGGGCGGGGGUGGGCGAGGAGGGGAGAUAUGGCACCGCCGCGGCGCGUGUGCGUGACCGGCGGCGGCGGGUUCAUCGCCUCGUGGCUCGUCAAGCUGCUACUCUCGCGCGGUUACGCCGUCCACGCCACCCUCCGCGAUCCAUGUGAUCCCAAGAACGUCCACCUCAAGCAGCUGGACAGGGCAUCGGACAAUCUUCACCUGUUCAAGGCUGACGUGCUAGACUGCGAGACGCUAACACGUGCGUUCGAGGGAUGCGAGGGGGUCUUCCACCUCGCCACUCCGGUGCCCGAAGAUAAGAUUAUUGAUCCUGAGGCAGAAGUAAUGGCUCCGGCAGUUAAGGGCACUUCAAAUGUGCUAAAGGUUUGCUUGGCUAUGAAGGUUCAGAAAGUCAUCGUAUUGUCCUCCACUGCUGCUGUUGAUUUUAACCCGAAUUGGCCUCAAGGUAGACUCAAAGAUGAGAGUUGCUGGUCGGACAAAGAGUUCUGCAAGGAGAAUGAGGACUGGUAUUCUGUUGCCAAGAUUGUGGCUGAACAGGCAUCCCGUGAAUAUGCAGAGAAAAAUGGAUUGACCGUGGUUACACUUUGCCCUCCUUUAGUUUUUGGACCAUUAUUACAACCUAUGGUGAAUACCAGUAGCAAAUUCUUAAUCUAUGUUAUAAAAGGAGGUCCUGACGUGAUGAACAACAAGCUGUGGCACAUGGUAGACGUGCGUGAUGUGGCCGAUGCCUUACUGCUUGUGUACGAGAAGGCGCAAUCAUCCGGGAGAUAUAUAUGCGCACCUAAUAACAUCUUCACGAAGGAUUUGGUGGACCUGCUGAAGAAGAUGUACCCAAAGUACAGCUAUGUGAACAACAUCAUCGAUGUGGAACACAAAGCGCCGAUAACAUCGCAGAAGCUGAGGGAUCUGGGCUGGGAGCCGCGGAAGCUCAAAGAGACGCUCUGGGACAGCGUGCAAUGCUACGAGAAGGCCGGCCUUAUGCAGGAUUCAGCUGGGCGUCCCUUCCGACUUCCCCAUCUCUUCCGUUUGGCUGGCGAUCAGUGAACGAGCCCUGGUGACGGUGCUUUGUUUUCAUGGUGUCUGUAAACUGUAAUGUCACCGUGCGAAGUGUCGCAACAACAAGUAACCAGUUCGGACUUCUGAACUCCGAUUUUUUUUUUUGUUGUUGAGUGGAUCUUCUGAACUCUGAUUUUUUUUUGUUGAGGAAAUCUUCUGAACUCUGA